AUGGCGGAAUCAAAGAUCGAUCCCAGGAUCUUCCCUCGGCGGGUGAGAUAUUCCGCCCUGCUCACUGUCAACGUGUUUGUAUUUAUGGGCAAUAUGUACUCGUCUGGGAUAGCCACUGGUUUCGAAAGCUUGGCAGAGGAUCUUCACCUUCCCUUUGCAAAACUCUCUGACCUAAUUAGCUACUCCGUGCUGGCCAUGGGCUUAGCAAACAUUUUCUGGAUGCCUCUGGCGCUGUGUUUUGGCAAGCGUCCUAUUGUCCUCAUAUCCAUGGCGAUGUUUUUGACCGGUAUUAUCUGGACAUGUGUCGCCAAAAAUUACAAUAGCCUCAUGGGAGCACGUGUUCUUGCUAGUUUCGGAUAUGGUUCGAUCGAGUCCUUGGGACCCAGUAUCUUCGCAGACCUAUUCUACGAACGCAACUAUGCCAGUGCGAUGGCUACCUACGCUUUCUUUCUCUCGGGCGGAUCGCAGAUUGGGCCCGUGAUUGCCGGCUACCUGAUUGCAUCGAAAGGCUGGCGCUGGUUCUUCUACCCGUGUUUGAUCCUUGCUGCCGUUAACUUCGUGACGACCUUUUUCCUGUUGCCGGAAACCCUUUAUGAGACCGAGACUGCGACUGAGCCCGAGCCUCAGGAGGAUUUGGAGAAGGUCUCUCACCGACACAUUGCAACGGUAUCUUCGCGGGCGAGCAGUGAUUCAUUUAGUUAUUUGGCCUACUGGAAGGGACUGUUCAGGGUCGGUAUCUCACAGGAGGCCCGUAAAGAGGGAGUUCUGAAAUUCUUGGGCUAUGCCUUUGCCCUGCCGCUACCGAUGAUAAUGAUACCCGGAGUCUUGCUCGCCUCAAUCAUGUAUGGUGUCAUUCUCGGAGGGACUGUCUCCAUCUCAACUCUCUGCCCAUCCCUUCUCUCGCCGCCUCCCUACCUCUUCACGUCGGCCGAUCUCGGUCUCUUCACCCUUAGCAGCUUUAUCGGCACCGUCAUUGCCUUCCCUAUCGCCGGCCCUCUCACCGAUUACCUCUCGCAAUGGCUGCGCCGCCGCAACAAUAACAUCCACAAACCGGAGCACCGCUUCCCAGCCCUCCUCGUUCCCUUUCUCCUCUGCCCCAUCGGCCUAAUCAUAUUCGGCUACUCUGUCGCCCACCAGCGACACUACAUCGGUCCCGCCGCAGGUGCAGCUCUAUCCGCCGCGUCCCUGACGCUCGUCCCCUCGGUCAUGCUCUCGUAUGUGGUGGACUCGUACCCGUCCACGAGCGGCGAGGCGCUGGUUCUGGUCAACGCGUCCAAGAACGUGGUCGCCUUUGGGCUGGCCAAGGGAUCGUUCUCGUGGAUGGCGCGUGAGGGCGUCGACAAGAUGUUCUACGAGUUUGCGGGUAUCCAGUGGGCGGUGAUUGCGUUGGCGCUUCCCUUGUACUAUGCCGGUCCUUGGAUUCGGACCAGAACACAGAAGUUUGUGUAA